GCCUGUCCCAAUUAUGGGGAACAUCUCGAAGUGCGUACGCUCUCGGAAGUUGGGACUGUUAUGAAUCGUGAACUCCCGGCUGAUUCUGGAUCUCUCUCUUUACUUCUCUGCCUAAGAGAAUAAGAGAUUAUUCAGCUUGGUUUUGCAGUGUCUUCCCCUAAUGAAUACCGAGGAGGGGAAUUGCUUAGGAUGGGCAGCAAGAGAUCCAACUGGUGUUCUAUCUCCUUACAAAUUCAAUCGCAGGGCAGUUGGAGCUGAUGAUGUUUCGAUUAGAAUUACACACUGUGGAGUUUGUUACGCUGAUGUUGUAUGGACAAAGAAUAAACAUGGAGAUUCUCGAUACCCAGUGGUACCUGGACAUGAGAUUGCUGGAAUUGUAACAGAGGUUGGACCUAAUAAUCAUCGAUUCAAAGUUGGUGAUCAUGUUGGGGUGGGAACAUAUGUAAGUUCGUGUAGAAAUUGUGAAUAUUGUGAUGAUGGGUUUGAAAUUCAUUGCUCUGAAGGUUCAGUUUACACCUUCAAUGGUGUUGAUGUGGAUGGGACAAUCACCAAAGGAGGAUACUCUAGUUAUAUUGUUGUUCAUGAAAGGUAUUGCUACAAAAUUCCAGAUAACUAUCCUUUAGCUUCAGCGGCACCGUUGUUAUGUGCUGGAAUUACAGUUUACUCGCCGAUGGUUCGCCAUAAGAUGAAUCAACCAGGAAAAUCCCUUGGUGUAAUUGGACUAGGUGGUCUUGGUCAUAUGGCUGUCAAGUUUGGUAAGGCUUUUGGAUUAAACGUGACAGUUCUCAGCACAAGUAUGUCUAAGAAAGAGGAAGCCUUGAGUCUCCUUAAAGCAGAUAAGUUUGUGAUCUCAUCCGACGAACAACAGAUGAAGGACUGUGCAAAGUCGCUUGACUUCAUUAUUGACUGUGCAGCAGGAGAUCACCAAUUCGAUCCAUACAUGUCGCUUUUGAAAACAAACGGCACACUAGUGUUAGUGGGGUUUCCAAGUGAGAUUAAGCUCAGCCCCGUGAGCCUUAAUAUCGGAUCGAAAACAAUUGCUGGAAGUGUGACAGGCGGAACAAAAAAUACACAAGAAAUGAUAAAUUUCUGUGCAGAACAUAAAAUAUACCCUGAGAUUGAAGUUAUUCCGAUUCAGUAUGCAAAUGAAGCACUAGAAAGGUUAAUAAACAGAGAUGUAAGGUACCGGUUCGUCAUUGAUAUUGAGGGUUCUUUGAAAUGAGUGAACCAUUGUUAUAAACAAGAUUCUACAUUCACUGCCACACCUUAUUGAUACUUUUUUUGAGCAUGUGUCAAGAAAUUGGAAACCAUUGUUAUAAACACUUGUUUGUCAUCUUCUAAUCUUUUUAUCAUACGAACGGAAUCUUAACUUUUUUUCUAA